GAACCAUAGUAUAUUUGACAAUAUACUUGGGCGCCGACAUGUCGCGUUUCUUCAGGGCAAUGACCUAACCUACCCUAAUUCCUACAAUCCAAUUAGCAUAAAAAUUGUUUUUUAAAAUCUCAUUUCAUACAAAUAUUUAUUUUGACAAUUAAUUUUUUUUAAAAAAAAACACCCAUUUUUUAAAUUUAGUUUGCGCAAACGCUGCCUUGGCUCGUACCGGGAGCACCCGGGUUUUUACACGGGGCCUGACCUUGAGCUCUCGAAGCAGAUUUCAUGUAGGGUUUAUGGGUUUUGUAUACACACACAGAGACUGAGAGCGAGAGAAGAAGAAGAAGAUGUUAUACAUAAUAGGUCUGGGUUUGGGCGACGAGAAAGACAUCACGCUUAAGGGUCUCGAAGCAGUGAAGAAAUGCCACAAAGUCUACAUAGAGGCGUACACUUCUCUCCUCACCUUCGGUCUCUCUUCCCAUGGCCUCUCCACUCUGGAAAAACUGUACGGGAAAUCAGUGACUCUUGCAGAUAGAGAAACGGUUGAGGAGAAGGCAGAUGAGAUACUGUCCGAAGCUCGCGAGUCCGAUGUGGGUUUCCUUGUCGUUGGUGAUCCUUUUGGAGCUACAACACACACUGAUCUUGUUGUUCGAGCAAAGAAUUUGGGAGUUGAUGUCAAAGUGGUACACAAUGCAUCAGUGAUGAAUGCGGUUGGGGUUUGCGGUUUGCAACUGUACCGCUAUGGAGAGACGGUUUCAAUACCAUUCUUUAGUGAAACAUGGAGGCCUGACAGCUUUUAUGAGAAGAUUCAAAGAAAUCGCAGGCUUGGAUUGCAUACACUCUGCUUGCUAGAUAUACGUGUGAAGGAGCCUUCACUUGAAUCUUUGUGCAGAGGAAGAAAGCAGUAUGAGCCACCUAGAUACAUGACGAUAAGCACUGCCAUUGAGCAGCUUUUGGAGGUUGAGCAAAGGCGUGGAGAAUCUGCAUAUAAUGAAGACACUGUUUGUGUUGGUUUGGCUCGACUGGGUAGCGAAGAUCAGAUGGUGGUUGCAGGCUCUAUGAGGCAACUGCUGGUGGUUGAUUUUGGAGCGCCUCUACAUUGCCUUGUCAUAGUGGGCCAAACUCACCCAGUGGAGGAAGAAAUGCUGAGCUUCUACGCACUAAAAGGAGAGAGUAGCUCAGAGCCAGAAAUGACCAUACUGCACAAUGUAUGCCCUAAUGGAGCUGAGUAGAUUCGCUUCCUUGAAGUGCAGGAAACCCUAAAUAUGAGCAAGGAUUUGGGUCCAUGGCAGAAGGAGUCACUCCAAUUUUCACAGUUUUCUGAAUCACUAGAUUUUAUUAUUGAAAACCGCAGAUCGAUCCUCAAAUAUGGAACCGUAAGAUCUCCUGUAUUUAUCCUGCAAGAAUUGAGUUGAGAUUGUUUGGCUUUUUAUCAUUUGGCCAAGCAGUACAUCUUCAUGCUUGGAACUGUAAAACACCCCUUGAAGAUUUCAUUGUUGUCUGUAAGACUUUGGAUAGUAUCUUAACAAAUUUCUUGUUUUGUUUGAUAAAUUGCAAACAAAACUCUUAA